AUGUCCGACGCCGGCGAGCCAGUAGGCGACCCUCCCGCGGCGGAGGAGCCGCAGGAGGUCCCAGCCGCGGAGGAGGCCCCCCCAGCGGCCGACAGUCCAGGCGCCGAGCAAGAGGACGACGUUGCCGCCGAAGAUGAGGGUCCCGCAACGCCACCUCCGGAGCCCGUUUCCGUCGCGGAUGCGUACCGCGAGGACCUCCCGCUUCCGCAGAAGAUCGCCUCGAUCAAGAAGGUCCUCGAGAGCGGCGGGGCGAUCUCCUCCAGGUCCCUAAACCCGCAUUUGGACGAAGAGGACGAGCACGGGAACCCCAGCCCGAUGAAAAUCGCGUCAAUCAAGGAGGUUCUCGCCGGCGGGGGCGUCGUCUCGAACCGCCAGCUCGACCCGCACGUCGCGCCCGAGGGCGAGGCCCUCGGCACCGUCGCCGAGGAGGUCAGAGCCGCCUCGGACGCGGCCUCGCCAGCGUCGCCCGACGCGCCGCCCGCGCCUGCGCCGGAGGCGUCCGCCGGCGCGCCCGGCGCGGACCGCGAGAGCGACGACGACGUCGACGAGGGCGCACUCGACGGCUUCGCGGUCGACCAGCCCCCGAUCGGCGCCAACGGCCCGCAGCGCGGCCGCUACGACCCCGACGACUUCCUAGUGCCCCCCGAGGAGGGCAUCAGCCUCCCGGCGUCGACGUGCGAGGUCCACAGCGUCCUCGGCCUCAACGCGCACCGCCGGAACAACCUCGCGUACGUCUCGGACGACGUCGUCGUCAGCGCGGCGGGCGCCGAGCUGGUCUUCCUGAACGUGUCGGACACGACGCUGGAGCAGCGCUUCAUGCCGAGCCUGGACGGCGCGGGCGUGGGCGCGUUCGCGGUGCACCCGUCGAAGAAGUGGCUGGCCGUCGCGGAGAUGUCGCUGACGCGCAGCCCCAACAUUUACGUGUACGCGUUCCCGUCUCUGGAGCUGCAGCGCGUGCUGCGCGGCGGGACGGAGCGCGCGUACAACGCGCUCGCGUUCAACCCGAAGGGCGACAUGCUCGCGUCGGUCGGGUCCAGCCCGGACUACAUGCUCACGCUGUGGAACUGGGACGCGGAGGCCACGGUACUGCGUUCCAAGGCCUUCUCGCAAGAGGUCUUCAACGUGACGUUCUCGCGGUACUUCGACGGGCUGCUCUACACGUCCGGCAUCGGCCACGUGCGCUUCUGGAAGAUGGCCAACACGUUCACGGGCCUCAAGCUCCAGGGCCAAAUUGGGAAGUUUGGGGCAGUCGAGAUUUCCGACAUCGCCGGGUACGUGGAGAUGCCGGACGGGAAGGUGCUGUCCGGGUCGGAGUACGGCGAGCUGCUGCUGUGGGACGGCGGGCUCAUCAAGGCGGUCAUUCGCGCGGAGGGCGACAAGCCCUGUCACGCGGGCGCCGUGGAGUGCAUCUACCACGACAAGGGCAGCAACGCGAUCCUCACGGCCGGUGCGGACGGGUACAUUCGCACGUGGCCCUUCAAGGAGCUGUACGAGGCGGACCCCGAGGACGGCAUCGUCGUGAGCGUCCCGAUGCUGACCGAGACGCUGGUGCGGCAGGGCGUGCGCAUCAAGUCGCUGCUGGUGGAGGCCGACCACAUGCUGAUCCAGGACGAGGCCGGCGGGCUGCUGCGCGUGGUCAUGCAGCCGCCCGCGGCGCCGCGCGUGCUGGACCUGAUGCGGUUCCACAGCGGCAGCGUGGUGGGGAUGGCGGCGGGUCCCGCGUCGCAUUUCGUGGCGACGGCCGGCGUGGACGGCACCGUGCGCGUGUACGACUACCGCGACAAGACGAUGUCGCACUCGAUGAAGCUCGAGGCGCCGGUGACGUGCCUCGAGCAGUGCGCGCGCGCGGUGGACCCGGACGGGCGGCUGUUGUUUGCUGGGGGCGCGGACGGGGUGCUGCGGGCACUGUGGCGCGUGAGCGGCGGGUUCAAGCUCGUCGGGUGCGAGAAGCCGCACGCGAAGCCGAUCACGCAGGUCAAGUGCUCGCCGGACGGGCUGCGGCUGGUGACGGCGGCCGCGGACGGGGGGGUGUUUUUCUUCAAGCUGGUGGACUCUCUGCUCGUGCCUCAGGCGAUGGUGCAGGUCGAGAGCAAGGUCACGACGGUCGCGUGGUCGGCGGACUCGUCGAAGCUCCUCGUCGGGUGCGAGAACGGCGACGUCUUCCGCUACACCCCCCCCGCGCUGCACGAGACCCCCGGGAAGUCCUUCCUGACGUCACUCCUCCCCCGCGACGACUUCGUCUUCGUCAAGCCGUACGAGCCCGUCGCGGCCGAGGCCGCCGAGCAGCCCGACGCCGACGCCGAGGCCGCGAGCCAGCCGGAGAACAGCGCGGACUCCCCCCCCGAGGAUGGCGCGCAGCUCGAGCGCACCGCGACGAGCGCGCCGCCCAAGGACGAGGACACGGGGCCGUGGCCCGUGGAGCGCCUCGUGUUCCGCGGCGACGACAACGACGCGUUCUUCAUCCAGCUCGGCGCGAAGAUGACGGGGGCGACGUUUGCGUGUUCGUUCCUGGAGAAGGGGAUCCCCGCCGAACGCUACGACGAGGCGCCGAGCAAGCCGAACUGCCCCGCGCGCCGCACGGCGCUCACGUUCUCGCAGGACGGCAUGUUCUGCGUGCAGGGCUUCUCGAACGGGCUCGUGCGCCUGCAGCGCCUGCUCGACUCCCCCCGGGAACUGCCCCGGACUCCCCCCAAGGGCCCGUCGAUGUGGCAGGCGAGCGUGCAGAGCUUCGUCGAGGGCGGCAUCACCGCGCUCACGCUCUCCUUCGACAACAGCUACCUCCUCGUCGCCGGCGCCGACGGAACGCUCGUGGCGUACCUCGUCAGCGGCAUCGAGGGCGCGGUGCAGCGCGAGGGCACGGACCUCGCGCUCCCGACGUACGGCGAGGACCCGAUGCCCGUGAAGGACCCGAUCAAGGACCCGGACGCGUACACCAUCGAGGAGGCGCAGCAGAAGGCCGAGCAGGACGCGAUACGCGCCGAGGCCGAUCGGAAGAAGAUGACGGUGAAGCAGCGCAUCGAGGACCUGCGCCGGAAGCUCAAGGCGCUCAAGGAGGCCGACGCGCGGCUCCCGGCGCCCGAGCGGCUCCCCGAGGAGGCCUGGGCGAUCGACCGGCGGUUGCGCGACAUGAUGCGCGAGCGCAUCGAGGGCGACAUCGGGGACGCGCGGAAGGCGCUGGCGUGGGAGAGCGAGCGGUGCCGGCUGUCGAUGGAGAAGCUGCGCGAGCGGUUCUUCGGGUCGCUCGAGGUCGAGCGCAUCGUGGUCCGCGCGAUCGACGAGGUGGCUGCGGUGGCGACGCUGCGCGCCACCCGCCUCCCAGCGCGGCUGGCCGACGAGCUGAACGCGUCGGCGGCCGACGACGAGGGGCUGCUCGAGCGGCGCCGCGUCGCGCUGAACAAGAACCAGUCGUUCGGCAUCGGAAGCGCGAAGCGCUCCAAGAGUUUCAAGGACUUUGACGCGCUGAGUCAGGGGGCGCAGAGCCAGGGCAGCGGGGACGACGGGGCGCGGCAGGAGCAGGCGUCGAAGCAGGAGCAGCGGCGGCAGGCGCGCAUGAAGCGGCAGCAGGAGUGGGCGGCGUUCCUGGCGCGGAAGCCCGACGACAAGACGGACAACCCCGUGGACGUGGCGGCGAUCCAGGAGGCCGAGAGGACGCUCGGGGACUGGAAGCUCAAGUCCGACGUGGGGUACCUCGCGCCGGAGCACCUGCGGGUCGAUGCGCGGAAGAAGCGGCGGAUGGUGCUGGACUUGGAGGUGGCGCUAUUCAAUCUUCGAAUGACGUUCAACAAGGACGUCCUGUCUCUGCGGGACCGCAAGCUGAAGCUGCUGGGCGAGCUGUCGCGCAAGUACGAGGAGCUCGCGGAGGUCGCGCAUGUCCUCGGCGAGGAGGAGGCGGUGCCGACGCUUCGCAUGGCGGCGGACGAGCAGCCAGAGCGGCGCUUCGUGGUGACGGAGGAGGACAUCCUCGCGCACAAGAAGGCGCUCGCGGACGAGGAGAAGGCCGCGGCGAAGAGCAAGGCCGGCGGCUUCGGCGGCUUCGCGGGCGGCGGCGGCGGCGGCGGCGGCGGCGGAGCCGCCGGCCAAAACACCCCCGGCAAGAUGACGCCGCAGUCGUCGACGGGCCGCGCGAAGGACGCCGGCUUCGGCCCCGUGGCGUACGGCGGCGGGAAGGGCCGGUCUCCGCCGGCGAAGUCCCGCGCGGGCGCGGAGGCGGCGCACGCGGUCAAGCCCACUGCGCUGCAGGAGGCGCGCGCGGAGGUGGACCGCGCUCGGCUGGGCAUUCGCCGCGAGCUGCUGCGCGAGGAGAUCGCGCGGAUGGUCCGGUCGUUCGACGAGGAGGUCCAGCGGCUGCGCGAGCGCCGGUUCGUCGUGGAGGCCGACCUGAAGUACCAGCAGGGCCGCCAGCUCGUGAUGCUCGAGGAGAUGGCUAUUCUGAGGGACUUGGGUCGGUCCGAAGACCAGCUGCGCGCGAAGCUCGAGGCGAAGCUCGCGGAGCAGGAGGAGGGUCUCCGGAAGAUCGAGGAGUGCGAGUCCCGGCUCGAGAAGAAGGCGGAGGAGGUGGCCGCGGUGAACGAACGCAAGGCGGCAGUGGCGGAGGAGUUCAGCGAGCUCGUGAACGAGAAGCACCCGUUCCGGGAGCAGCUCCACAAGGUCUUCACGAAGCGCGUGAAGCGCUCGAAGGGCGGCGCGGACGAGGAGGCGGAGGGGUCGGAGGCCUCGGACAGCGACGCGGGCUCCGACUACGGAUCGGACGCGGACGACGAGGACGAGGACGGGUGCCCGAGCGGGUGCGAGCAGCUGCUGUACGAGAAGGUCUGCGAGCUGCGGGAGCGCCGCCUGGACGAGGAGGACGUCCUGAUGGAGCUCGCGAAGGGCGUGGAGGCCGUGAACAAGGAACGGGAGAUGCAGUCGAAGCGGCUGCGGAUGAUCGAGAGCAGCCUGCAGGCGCUCGAGGAGGACAUGAUGGACCUCGAGCGGCAGAAGCAGCGCGAAAUGAACGAGGUGUCGACCAACGUGAUUCUCCGGAUGCAUCAAGUGGAGUACCUGGACGACGGACACCUCCCCCGGGAUCUCUCCGACGCGCUCGUCUUCUCGCAGACGGCCCGCGAGCGCCUCAAGGCGCGCAUCGGCGAGCUCAUGCGCGAGAAGCAGGAGCUGCGCGCGCAGCAGCGGCAGCUCCGGCGCGACCACGUGCAGCUGCAGCGCGAGCUCGGCGGCCGCGAGAAGGAAAUCGGGGACCUCCGGGCGCGCGCCGACGAGAUCCAGGUGCUCAAGUUCGGCUCCCUCGUCGACCUCGACCUCCUGGACCGCGCGAUGCGGCAGCGCGCGAACCCGGACCUGCAGGAGGAGCUAAAGCGGCAGGAGCGGAGGUUCGCGCGAGAGCUGGCCGAGGUGGACCGCAGCGUGGCGGAGCAGCAGCAGGUCGUGGCGCGGCUGACGCUCGCGAACACGAACCUGCUGCAGGACAUGGCGGGGCUGCUGGAGGAGCGGCGGUCGAUUGACCGCACGCUCAAGGUGGUGCAGACGCAGCUGUUCGCGGACCACGUGCAGCAGCGGCGCGCGGAGCUCGCGGAGCGGCGGCAGAUGAUCGAGGUCGUGCAGACGCAGGCCGAGGAGAUCGACGCGAUCAAGGCCGAGAUCCAGCGGCUGCGCAGCAAGACGGCAUCCAUCUAUUCGUAG